GCACUUCAGUUUGCUAUCUUGGUUCGCGGAGCAUGCUUCAGGUGCUAACUCAUAUCAAAUAAAAUCGCGGCUGUUUUCGAGUUUUAGUUGAACGCCUACGAACUAACGAAAAGUUUAAUUCAACUACAGCCAUGGAUUUUAACGUUUGAUUCAACUAUAAGCGGUGUUUUUGGUACAUACAUUGAAGCCAAAUCCUGUUCUGGACAUAGUUUAACAAGAAAGCUUUCAUUCAUGGUGACUUAAAAGUUGACUAGUUUUCAUUUCGUAGUGAUUAGUAGUGACAGUGGAUUAGAUUUUACCAGAUGAUGUCGACAACGAGAAAAUUUCUACCGGUUACAACAUUGGAAACGGAUAUUUUCAGUACUGGGUAACACUUCUACUGAGUGGCAAUUGAGAGUAGAUUAGAGAGAGAUCGAGAGAUAGCAGAGCAUGGCAAAGAGAGUGAGCAAACACCACUACGUUGCCACUCCUUCCCCCACUUCCCCCUCAACCCCCACAACUCAUCACUCUCUCAUCGGCAUGCCCUCUUCACACCCCUACCGGCACAACCCUGGAUAUUCCACUGAUGGCGAAGAAAGCCAGCGCGCCGCCUCCGAUCGCACCGUCUCCGAGUACAUGGUGACCAAUGAGAAGGCGAGGGUGGUGCCGCCCCCGCGCAAGCACCGCUCCGCCUCCGGCACUGCCGCCUCCAAGCAGCGCUCCAAGAGUGAUGACCGGCUUGACAGGCGAUAUGAAAACGGUGGCGGCCGGAGGAGCAACCUGAGCAAUCACUCACACUCGCACAGACACACGCACCAGCAUCCCCCCUCUCCCCACCACCACUACACAGACCACGAGGGCUCCGACAUCUAUGUGACGAGUGGCGCAUACCGGGCACCCUCUGAGAUCAGUCGAGGAUCGAGGUACAGUAGAGGAGCUCGCAGUGUACACUCCAAGGCCCCCAGCCACUACUCGUACAGAUCGCCCUCCGAGGUGUCGACCAUCAAAACUAAAGUCGAUCGAAAACGUGGGGUGGUUGUAGAAACGAUGUCGGCACCCAACCCUUUCUGCCCGCACACGAAAGGCAUGUGCUGCCUCAUGCUGCUCCUCAACCUCGGAUUAAUUCUAGUCACACUUGGAUUCGUCAUUGUCAUACAGUUCUUCGAACCACUCCUCGUUUGGAUCCUGGGCAUCGUGUUCCUAGUAUUCGGCUUCCUGACCCUGAUCGGCAGCCUCAUCUACUGCGUGACGGUUUGCCGGGAUGUGAAGUCACCAUCCCAGGUGGCCAUGGAGGACCAUUACUGGACCAGGCACUGGCAGAAGGGAUUCGGAACUGUUCCUGAAAUACACUACACCGCUCAGGACAAAUAUUAGUUCUUACAAAUUAUAUUAAUAUAAUGUACUAAAACCAUAGAGAAAGCAUGUAGGCGAGUAAGGUAUAGUAAGAUUCACUUUUCACACAACCUAUUUGAUAGCAAUAACAGAAGCUUGUUAACAGUGUGAAUUAUAAGGCUAUAGGAAGCAUGAUGCUAUUCAUAAUUUAUUAUAAUAAAUUAUUUUUUUAUUAUAAUAAAAAUAAUUUAUUAUAAUAAAUUAUGAAUGACAUCAAUACUUCUCAUUAAACCAUACUUUGACAACCAAAAUCGCAAGUGAAUCUUACUAAUGUAUAGCAAUAAUGAUAUUGAUGUAUUAACUGCUGCAGUAUGAUUGUAACAUUGUAUAACAUUAUUGUAUUUUAAUGACAUGAUAUUAUGAUAAUAAUGAACUGCAGUUUAAACAAGUACAAUAAUUAAAACCACUGUUGUACGAUGGUAACAUUAAAUUUAAUUGUAUAUAAUGAGUGACAAAACUGCAGUUUGAUAGUAAAAUGUAGGUACUGGAAUUUACUACACCAUUCUGGACAGAAAUAUUAGUUGAUAAAAAUAAU